AAUCAAACGCCUCACCACGCUUCUCUCGCCACCAAAGCGGCGGGAGAAUGGACUAUGGAGUCUCUGAUUGCGGGCGUUUUGAGUACGAUUAACAUCACAGACGUUCUCGAUGCAGAUUCUCGUCCCACCUUUAUUGUUGAUCUCGACCCUGAUGAGGAAUUGCCGCAAGGUCUCAAAGCCAUUCGCCCAGUCUUUUGCAAUGUUGCUCUCCGACUGCACGAGCGUUUGCUUGACGCUGUUUGUGGCAACGAAGGGACAGAUCCAAUAGACGACGAGGCGGAUUCCGUUCCGUACGGGGCUUUCCAGAGCUGGGCCACAGGAAUAACUACGCAGGACGACUCAAAGGACAUAUUCCCCCUCUCGUGUUUGUACAAGGAUCUUCUCUGGACCGGCUCCACCGUCUCUAAAAGAUGGAGGCUGAUCAGCGGCAAUCGAGCGUGGAGGGCUGAUAUCCCUCGUCACAAUCUGUCGCCCAGCGCACUCCACGAAGCGACAAGGGAACCUCGCAAGUCCCGCCGUCGCAAGUCGAAUAGUGCAGAGCCGGGGCAGACGAGGGUUGGUACAAUUGCCGAGUCAAAUUUGGCCGAACCGAUUGUCGAGGGGAGCAGCGCAACUGGCACAACACUGGCUGUGUCCUACAGGCAGCCCCCAUCAACCAGGACAACAUGGGGUCGGCAGAUAUCCAAGACAAGUUCUUCAGAUAUUGGGCGAAGCUCGUCGAGCGGAUCAGUUGUCCUUGGAAGACCUGAAAAGGCUGUUGUUGACUGGACCGUCACCAGGCCCAGAGGAAUACUAUCACCUCACAUCGAGAUUGCUCGGAGUGUUGACUGGGCAUCAACUCCGCUGGGUCCGAUGGAGAAAUGGACGCCAGAACUACGCCAGGUCGCAAACCUCUGCAUGAACAAUCCUCACCCGGCCAGCAUCUUCUGGGGCAGCGAGCUGACGAUGCUCUACAACGAGGCCUACGCUCGUGACAUUGCUGGCAACAAACACCCGACCAUGAUGGGAACGGGGGCUUCAGGCCCAUGGGCGGAACUUUGGGACGGACUUGGGCCGACGUUUGCUGAAGUAGCUCGCACGGGAGUCUCCUUUCAGAUACAGCACGACAACAUUUCCUUCUUCAGGCGCGGGUUCCUGGAAGAAGUGACCGUCACCUGGUCAUUGACUCCUCUAUACGGCGGGACUGAGCAUAUUGUUGGCUUCUACAACGCACCGUUUGAGACGACUGAAAUGGUGCUGAGCCAGCGACGCAUGAAGACCAUCAACAAGCUCGGCGAUUCGCUCACCAAGGCGACUACGGUUGCGAGCUUUUGGCAACUGGUCCUGCAAGGCCUGGAGGAAAACCACCGCGAUGUUCCCUUCGCCCUCCUCUACUCGGUGGGAGAUGCAGAAGAUGGGGAUCUCUCAUCGACUUCCUCCCGGAGUUCAAUCUCCAACAAGUCAUGCCGUCUCGAGGGAACCCUGGGUGUGCCCGAAGGCCAUGCCGCUGCUCCGACACAAAUCGAUCUGAAGCGAAGCUACGAAGGCUUUGUGCCGUCAUUCCGAGAAGCCAUGCGGACCCGAGAGCCCACCCUUCUGCAUGCGAGAGACGGCACAUUGCCCCAGGAGUUGCUCGAUGGCAUCAACUGGCGGGGAUUCGGAGAUCCUUGUCGCGAAGCCGUUAUUUUCCCAGUUCGACCGACCAACGGAGAUGCGGUCCUGGCGUUUCUUGUGCUGGGAGUCAAUCCCCGCAGGCAAUACGACGAGCAAGACAAGUCUUUUGCCACUCUCGUCAACCGCCAGCUAGCGACAUCGUUGGCAUCCACCAUCCUCUUUGAAGAAGAGACUCGACGGAGUAGAGAUGCUGUAGAAGCAGCGGCUUUGGAAAACGAAGAGUUGACUCAGAAAUUGAACUUGCAGGCAAGUCGUCUGCGGCGAAUGACGGAGCUGUCGCCGUUGGGCAUGUUUCUCAUCAAUCCCGAGGGUGUCCUGCGCGAGGCCAACGACCGCUUUUACGAAAUGACGGGCCACACGAGGGACACGCAGUCCGAAAUGUCCUGGGUCGACUUUAUCUCGGAAACCAGUGCGAAAACAAUGGAAGACGGCUGGCAGCGCUUGACAACAGAACUUCUCCCGUGGUCGGGCGAGCUGCGACUCAAGAAGGGAGCCGAAAGCCAUUUCAACUCACACGACGAGUCCAUUGACGCGUGGGUUUUAUUCACGGCACAUGUUGAACUUUCGACGACGGGCGCCGUGAGAUCUGUCAUGGGCUCCAUCACGGAUAUCUCACACUUGAAGUGGGCUCAAGGGUUGCAAAAGCGGCAACUGCUCGAAGCCGAAGAGACACGACGCCAGCAAAACGAGUUCAUCGACAUCACCUCGCACGAGAUGAGGAACCCCCUCAGCGCAAUCUUGCAGUGCGCAGAUGACAUCUCGUUGUCGCUGGGGCCUUGUAGCAGCAGCGGCGCAUCUCCCUCACAAGCGGUCAUCGAAGCUUGUGUGGAUGCUGCGCAGACGAUUGUGCUCUGCGUCCAGCACCAAAAGUCCAUCGUGGACGACAUUCUGACCAUCUCAAAACUCGACUCCAACCUACUCCUAAUUACCCCGGUGGCCUGUCAGCCCGAGGUCAUACUGCAGCGCGUCCUGAAGAUGUUCGAGUCCGAGGUACAAGCCAGGGAUAUCAAACUGACGCUUGAAAUAGACCCAGAAUUCGAGCAAAUGGGGGUGGAUUGGGUGAACAUGGACCCCAGCCGGGUUCUACAGAUCCUCAUCAACCUCAUGACGAAUGCAAUCAAGUUCACAGCUUCGUCAGAUACGCGUAAUAUCACCGUCCUGGUAGGCGCAUCUGGGGAACCCCCCGAUGGCACGAUAAUUCCAGGGUUUCAAUAUAUCCCUACCAAGUCAGGCACGAGCAAUGUUAUUGCUUCAGAAGACUGGGGAUCUGGAGAAGUUCUAUAUAUGCGCUUCAGUGUUAAAGAUACUGGGUGUGGUUUAUCAGAGGAAGAAAGGCAGCUCCUGUUCCAACGUUUCAAACAAGCUUCUCCGCGAACCCACGCCAAGUACGGAGGCAGUGGCCUCGGCCUCUUCAUUUCUAAGCGCCUGGCGGAACUGCACGGCGGCAAAAUUGGCGUGGCAUCUGUCGCUGGCCAAGGGAGUCACUUUGGUUUCUAUGUCCAGGCUCGGCGGUCAAGUGAACCAAUGCAGGAGGGUCCUUCUCAGUUACUACUGAUUGAGGUCCCUCCAGCUGUACCGGCUCCUGCAACCAAAGCGGCCAGUCUGCGGCCGCCAAUUUCUCGGGCACCAACUGAAGAACAACCGGUUUUUGAGACAAAAGCAAGCCGAGGAUUCAAUCCUCGCGACUUGAUCGUCCACGUGGUGGAAGACAACCUCAUCAACCAGAAAGUCUUGGUCAACCAACUCAAAAAGGCCGGAUGCUCCGUCAGCGCUACCAACGACGGCAUCGAAGCACUGGAAUUUCUCAAGCAGACGCAUUUCUGCCAGAAGAAUGGCUCUGGCUUAUCUGUAAUUCUGAUGGAUCUUGAGAUGCCCAACAUGGACGGCUUGACGUGUGUCCGUGAGAUAAGGAAGAUGCAGAGCUCUGGCGCCAUUUUAAAGCAUGUUCCCGUCAUUGCUGCGACAGCUAAUGUGAGGGAUGAGCAGGUUCAGACUGCUUUGCAAAGUGGGAUGGAUGAUGUAUUGUCAAAGCCAUUUCGACUAGAUGAUGUGUUGCGAAAGAUAGAGACGUUAUUAGAGACGCUAUUAGAACCAGUGGAACCACUGGAGAGUCCUAGAGAGGAACAGGUAGAUAAAUUAGCUAGACAUCCCUUAUAAUACAUAUUUUUUCGGGGGCGAAUUUGUGUGGAGACG